AUGCUGUUGCCUAAAGGCCGAGUAGCACUCGGCAGCAGGCAGGCAGACAAACGGGCACACCACAAUGCGCUGGAGCGCAAGCGUAGGGAUCACAUCAAAGACAGCUUUCACAGCCUCCGUGACUCUGUGCCUGCCUUGCAGGGAGAAAAGCAGUCUACCAAACAGGCGUCUCGAGCUCAAAUCCUAGACAAAGCCACAGAGUACAUCCAGUACAUGAGACGAAAAAAUCAUACGCACCAGCAGGACAUUGAUGAUUUGAAGAGACAGAAUGCACUGCUGGAGCAGCAAGUGCGUGCUCUGGAGAAAGUAAAGGGCUCAGCACAGCUCCAAAGCAACUACUCGUCAUCCGACAGCAGCCUCUACACCAACCCGAAAGGCAGCGCCGUGUCGGCGUUCGACGGCGGCUCCGACUCCAGCUCCGAGUCUGAAUCCGAGGAGCCUCCCAACCGCAAGAAGCUGCGCGUGGAGGCCAGCUAG